GUUUUUUAUUUCACUUCCUCUUCACUGUGACGCAGUUGUUUUCUCCGUGUGAAGUUUGCUGAAGUUCCAAAGUCUCUGUGACUGGAUGUGAACUGAGCAGCUGAACAUCUUCCUUGUUGUAGUGAGUGAGUGCAGCUCUCCCAGCAGCUGUUUCUCUGCUAUGGAUCAGUGUGAGGACAGAGAGGAGGGAGUCCCUCCCUCUAAAAGCUCUCUGUGUGGGGAACAUGACAGCCAGACCAAAGCUCAGAGGAUGCAGCAGCAGAGAGCAGACUCUCCUGAACCCAGCUGUGUGUCCAUGAAGAGUGACUGUUCUAAGGGUCGUGGUAUUAACUUUAAAGAUGGACAACCUGAUGAUGGAAGGAUGCAGCAGCAGAGAGCAGACUCUCCUGAACCCAGCUGUGUGUCCAUGAAGAGUGACAACUCUAUGGAUCAUCCUGUUAACUUUAAAGAUGGACAACCUGCUGAUGGAAGAGUUCAGCAGCAGAGCUCAGAGGUUCCCAGUGAUCAGUCUGCACAGCAGCAUCAAACACAGCUGGACUCCAUAUUUAUGCUGCUGGAGGAGAACAUCUUCACUUUUGUGAAGAACGAGCUGAAGAGAGUCCAGAGGGGUCUGAGUCCAGAUGACCCAGAAUGCUUAGAGAGUCAGAGUGAGGAUGAGGAGGUGUUGGAUGGUGAGGAGGAAGAGCAGAGGAGGAGCAGCAGAGAGGCAUUUCUGAAGAUCACACUGCACUUCCUGAGGAGAAUGAAGCAGGAGGAGCUGGCUGACUGUCUGCAGAGCAGAACUGGUGCUGCAAAGUGUCGACGUAAACUCAAGUCUAACCUGCAGGAGAAGUUCCAGUGUGUGUUUGAGGGGAUCGCUAAAGCAGGAAACCCAACCCUUCUGAAUCAGAUCUACACACCGCUCUACAUCACAGAGGGAGGGACUGCAGAGGUCAAUGAUGAACAUGAGAUCAGACAGAUUGAAACAGCAUCCAGGAAACCAGACAGACCAGAAACAACAAUCACACAAGAAGACAUCUUUAAAGCUUCACCUGGAAGAGAUGAACCAAUCAGAACAGUGAUGACAAAGGGAGUGGCUGGCAUUGGGAAAACAGUCUUAACACAGAAGUUCACUCUGGACUGGGCUGAAGACAAAGCCAACCAGGACAUACACUUCACAUUUCCAUUCACUUUCAGAGAGCUGAAUGUGCUGAAAGAGAAAAAGUACAGCUUGGUGGAACUUGUUCAUCACUUCUUUACUGAAACCAAAGAAGCAGGAAUCUGCAGGUUUGAAGAGUUCCAGGUUGUGUUCAUCUUUGACGGUCUGGAUGAGUGUCGACUUCCUCUGGACUUCCACAACAAUGAAAUCCUGACUGAUGUUACAGAGUCCACCUCAGUGGAUGUGCUGCUGACAAACCUCAUCAGGGGGAAACUGCUUCCCUCUGCUCGCCUCUGGAUAACCACACGACCUGCAGCAGCCAAUCAGAUCCCUCCUGAGUGUGUCGGCAUGGUGACAGAGGUCAGAGGGUUCACUGACCCUCAGAAGGAGGAGUACUUCAGGAAGAGAUUCAGAUAUGAGGAGCAGGCCAGAACCAUCAUCUCCCACAUCAAGACAUCACGAAGCCUCCACAUCAUGUGCCACAUCCCAGUCUUCUGCUGGAUCACUGCUACAGUUCUGGAGGAUGUGUUGAAAAGCAGAGAGGGAGGAGAGCUGCCCAAGACCCUGACUGAGAUGUACAUCCACUUCCUGGUGGUUCAGUCCAAACUGAAGAAAGUCAAGUAUGAUGGAGGAGCUGAGACAGAUCCACACUGGAGUCCAGAGAGCAGGAAGAUGAUUGAGUCUCUGGGAAAACUGGCUUUUGAUCAGCUGCAGAAAGGCAACCUGAUCUUCUAUGAAUCAGACCUGACAGAGUGUGGCAUCGAUAUCAGAGCAGCCUCAGUGUACUCAGGAAUGUUCACACAGGUCUUUAAAGAGGAGAGAGGGCUGUACCAGGACAAGGUGUUCUGCUUCGUCCAUCUGAGCCUUCAGGAGUUUCUGGCUGCUCUUCAUGUCCAUCUGACAUUCAUCAAGUCUGGAGUCAAUCUGCUGGAAGAACAACAAACAACAUCCUGGUUGUCUGAAGUGUUCAGAGACAAAUCAACACAUUUCUACCAGAGUGCUGUGGACGAGGCCUUAAAGAGUCCAAAUGGACACUUAGACUUGUUCCUCCGUUUCCUCCUGGGUCUUUCACUGCAGACCAAUCAGACUCUCCUACGAGGUCUGCUGACACAGACAGGAAGUAGCUCAAAGACCAAUCAGAAAACAGUUGAGUACAUCAAGAAGAAGAUCAGUGAGAAUCUGUCUGCAGAGAGAAGCAUCAACCUGUUCCACUGUCUGAAUGAACUGAAUGAUCGUUCUCUAGUGGAGGAGAUCCAACAGUACCUGAGAUCAGGAAGUCUCUCCACAGAUAAACUGUCUCCUGCUCAGUGGUCAGCUCUGGUCUUCAUCUUACUGUCAUCAGAAGAAGAUCUGGAUGUGUUUGACCUGAAGAAAUACUCUGCUUCAGAGGAGGCUCUUCUGAGGCUGCUGCCAGUGGUCAAAGUCUCCAACAAAGCUCUGUUGAGUGACUGUAACCUCUCAGAGAGAAGCUGUGCAGCUCUGUCCUCAGUUCUAAGCUCCCAGUCCUCUAGUCUGAGAGAUCUGGACCUGAGUAACAACAACCUGCAGGAUUCAGGAGUGAAGCAGCUUUCUGCUGGACUGCAGAGUCCACAUUGUGGACUGGAAUCUCUCAGGCUGAGUGACUGUAACCUCUCAGAGAGAAGCUGUUCAGCUCUGUCCUCAGUUCUAAGCUCCCAGUCCUCUAGUCUGAGAGAUCUGGACCUGAGUAACAACAACCUGCAGGAUUCAGGAGUGAAGCUGGUGUCCGUUGGACUGGAGAGUCCACACUGCAGACUGAAAACUAUCAGGUUGAGUGACUGUAACCUCUCAGAGAGAAGCUGUGCAGCUCUGUCCUCAGUUCUCAGCUCCUGGUCCUGUAAUCUGAGCGAUCUGGACCUGAGUAACAACAACCUGCAGGAUUCAGGAGUGAAGCUGGUGUCCGUUGGACUGGAGAGUCCACACUGCAGACUGGAGACCCUCAGGUUGAGUGACUGUAACCUCUCAGAGAGAAGCUGUUCAGCUCUGUCCUCAGUUCUCAGCUCCCAGUCCUCUAGUCUGAGAGAUCUGGACCUGAGUAACAACAACCUGCAGGAUUCAGGAGUGAAGCAGCUUUCUACUGGACUGGAGAGUCCACACUGUGGACUGGAAACUCUCAGUCUGUCAGGAUGUCUGAUCACAGAGGAAGGCUGUGCUUCUCUGGCCUCAGCUCUGAGCUCCAACCCCUCCCAUCUGAGAGAGCUGGACCUGAGCUACAAUCAUCCAGGAGACUCAGGAGAGAAGCUUCUGUCUGCUGGACUGAAGGAUCCACACUGGAGACUGGACACUCUCAGGAUGGACCAUGGUGGACUGUUUACACUGAAACCUGGUCUGAGGAAGUAUGCCUGUGAACUGGAACUGGAUCCAAACACAAUGAACAGAAACCUCAAACUGUCUGACAACAACAGGAAGGUGACACGUGUGGAGAAGGAUCAGUCAUAUCCUGAUCAUCCAGACAGAUUUGACUUCUGGCCUCAGCUGCUGUGUAGAAAUGAUCUGACUGGUCGCUGUUACUGGGAGGUCGAGUGGGGAGGAUGGGCUUCUAUAUCAGUGAGUUACAGAGGAAUCAGAAGGAAAGGAGACAGUACUGAUUGUGUGUUUGGAAGAAAUAAUCAGGCCUGGAGUCUGGACUGCUCUGAUGAUGGUUACUCUUUCUGGCAAAAUAACAGAAAAACAUCCACCUCCUCCUCCUCCUCCUCCUCCUCCUCCUCCUCCUCCUCCUCCUCCUCCUCCUCUGUCUCUAACAGAGUAGCAGUGUAUGUGGACUGUUCUGCUGGCACUCUGUCCUUCUACAGAGUCUCCUCUGACACACUGAUCCACCUCCACACCUUCAACACCACAUUCACUGAACCUCUGUAUGCUGGGUUUGCAGUCUGGUCUGGUUCCUCAGUGUCUCUGUGUCCUCUGUAG